AUGCAUGGCCACCACAAAUACUCUGAUGGCUUCAGUGACACCUCCAGUGUGGGUAGCUUCAUGGACGAGACAGAUAGGGAGGUUAGCAACCUCACUGACCGUGCCUUCAGGAGCCUGUGCAUUGGAGAGGAGGCCAUCUACAAUGACUCUGAAAUCUCUUCCCCUACUGAACGCCACAAGGCUUUUGCAGAAGAAGUCCAGCAGAAGGAAGUUGUAAAAACCACCUGCCAGGAGACUUUUUCUUAUGGUAUUCAGUACAGAGAGGCUGAGAGAAAGUCUGAGGUGACCUCAACAUUCCAGCAUUCCUAUGUGGAUGUAGCACAAGAGCAGGUUCUCAGAGAUGAGCGCAUGUCUUAUAUGAGCAAUGGCUCUAUGGAGGCAACAUGGCAACAGAGGAGAAGCACCUCCAGAGUGUCAUCCCUCAUCAAGGCCUUCAGCUCAAAGGAGGGUUACUGUGACAGUGGGAUUUCUGAUGCUGUACUGAUAAGAGACAAAUACAGGGACUUUAACAAUGGGUCAUGGGACAAAUCAGCUCUGCUAAGCUUUCAGAGAGAACUAUCCGAGGUCUCUUCUGCUUACCAUCAGAAUUUUAAGUCGGGUCCCUUUCAGUCUUACAGGAAUCAUUUUCAUGCAUCAGCUGCUGCGGUGUCCCGGAUGGACACAACAGCUUCUCUUGUGAAAUCCUCAAAAACAAAGUUCCAUGCACUGAACUCCACUAAUUUUUUCUUCCACAGUGAAUUCAGUCCUUUUCAGUUGUGGAAGGAUUAUAACAGGUUCCCCUUUGAAAGAGAGGAACCUUCAGGGUUUUUGUCAGCCAGUGAGUUUCCUAGGUGGUAUGAUUCUCCUCUCUACAAAGAACUGACAACCACACAAACAUUUUCAAGCGAAGGUAGGCGGUUUAACCGAAAAAAAAUUGAGGAUGUUGUUCCCACUCAGCGCUCUAGGUCCACAGUAAUCCAAAAAGCCUCAGCCAUAGAAAAGAGAUGCGACUCUGAGAUGGCCUCUAAUUGUCCCCCAUGGAAAAGAAAUAAUAAUUUUGUGAGAAGCAAACUCCCAAGCAAUCGGCCCUCCACAGUCUCACCAACCAAUGAGAAAGCACAUAGGCCUGAUUCUAAUUUGCUCUCUUAUAAUAGACAUACAUAUGACAUUCAACACAAAGUAGAGAACGUGGGAGGCAAUGAGUUAUCUAGUAGUUCAACUCCAUUCAGUAUCACUCAGCUUCUUACACCAGUCAUUCAUGGGAGACAAGAGACAGAAACAUCAGAAAUUCUGCAAUUUGCACAUACGCCCUCUUUUCCUGAUUACUCUGUCCAGGGUGAUGUUGACCUGAAACCACUGUCUGAAGUCAAACAACUACGUGAUAACUACAAAUCCAGAGCAUCAAGUCUAUUGUUCAACCUCAAAGAUAACAGAAAACGAGUCAAGAGCACAUAUAGUCCUUCUAAAUUUAAAGGUUUAGAGAUAACAGAUCGAAAUAAGCAGCCCUCAAAGCUAGAGGAUCUCGAAUCCAGGCUCUCAGAUUCUUCAGCAUCCCAAGUGACCACACAAGAGCAUUCUGCAGUACCCAACGCUUGGGAACUUGACGUAGUCCAGCAAACUUAUGAUGUCCACCUAUCCCAAACUGUUGAACACAAAGAGUAUGCUGAUGGCUUACAUGAUAUGACAUUAGCACAUCAGAAUGGCGCUGCUAAUUACGAGAUCUCUUAUGGGGGCUCACAGGGUAGCUUUCUCCCCCCAUAUAAACCUCUGAACAAAGAAAAUGAGGAGUAUGAGUUCUCACCACGUAUGCUUCCAGCACAAAAUCAAAGUAUAGAAAAUUCAGAAGGUCACAUUUAUGGCCCUAGUGGAACAUUUAACCCUACAAGGCCAGAAACAGAAAAUAUCUAUUCAAAAGCACACCCACCAGUGCACUCUCUGUCGGCUCAGAUGUCAGAAAAACAGAACUUCAGCAGGAGAGAAGACAUGGGACAUCGUGACUUUAAAGAGCAACAGAACUUUGUGAUGAAACCAAAUUUUGGAUAUACCAAAAAUCAGGUGACUGAAGAAAGACUUUCUUGGGAAAACUCUGGACAUACAAAUAUCACAAGUAGGGAAAUGUUUAAUAAUAGUGGAAUUAAAGAUUCACUACCAUUUAAAGGAGAGAUAGCUACUUUGAUUGAAAUGGAUAAACAGAGGAAAGCUACUGCUAAGCAAUACUUACCUUCGGCCAAUGACAGCUACACCGUGGGAAAGGAAACAUACAUAAAUAAAGUGAAUGAGAACAUUAAACAAGGUAGGCUUGCAAAAGAGGAAGAGGUGCAGGACACAGAAUGCUCUUCACAAAAAUAUCAAUAUACAAGCAAGCCUGCACAAUAUAAUCCCACAAAUACACCUUCAACAUCUCAAAAUGUUUAUGGAUUCUACAAUAACGGUCUCCACAAAAUGACAUCGUCUCCCCCCAAAGACUCAAAACUCACCAAAAAUUCAGAAUUUAGAAAACAUGACAUACACAAAAACAGCUCUCGAGGAUCGACUCAGGACUGGAGAGCGCCAGCCAAAUGA